AGGGGGGAUUUGUGUUUAUAGAAGCAGACGAGAGCCUAUUAGCUAGCAGGGCAUGGCUUAUGAGUGAAAGAUUACCACCGCUUGAAUCAGUCGAACGCUGCCUCACAUUUUGGUUCCAUGUGUACGGAGCUGAGGGCACUAAAUUGGCAGCCCUUAUGUUUGGGUCAGAUAAUGGAAAAAUUACCACACUGUGGAAAUUUGCUCCAUCUACUACCAGAUGGGAUCCAGGCUGGCAGUAUGCAGCUGCACCAUUCUCUGCUUCAUACAUUCAUCAGAUAGUUAUUGAGUCAGUGAUGGGAUCAGGCUUCAUGGGUGAUAUUGCUGUUGAUGACAUUAUAGUAGCUGCUGGUAGUUGUGUUCUUCGACCAAGCGAAGCCAGUAAUGGCAUCAACUACACCACACCACUUACCCCAACACCUCAACCUCCCACCAGUCAGCCUUCAUCAAUUUAUGACUGUUCCUUUGAUCAAGACCUCUGUAUAUGGACAAGUGAUUAUGGAGCUGGCACUGGCAAUGAGAUGAAGUGGGAAGUCCAUGAGGCAAAUGAUAUAUCUGAUGGUGGCUAUGCUUAUCUGGACAUCACCAAAACUGUUAAACCCUAUGCACGUGGCGUUAUGAACUCCACGGAGAUAUCUGCCACACAUGCUUCGUGCUUUUCCUUCUCCUACAUGCUGGAUGGACCCCAUGGUCUUAAUAUCUUCCAACAGCAUGGAAGAGAUCUCCAGUCACUUUGGUUCCAUGAAGGACCACAAGGAGCAGUGUGGAUGGAUGGUCAGGUCACUGUUGCUUCAGAUGAAUUGUUCAACAUCCUUGUGGAGGGAACAAGAGCAGACACUGUAGAUGGUAACAUUGCCAUAGACAGUAUUACCCUUACUGAUGGACCCUGUAUAAUACCAGAGGAGUCUUGUGACUUUGAGAGUGAUCACACUGUUGGAAUGCAGCUCUUGGAAGCCCUGGCCCCAAAGUGA